GUGUUUUUUUUUCUUGCAGGCAAACACUUGACAUCCAUCCAGGAAUCAAAUAAACCGAAGGCAUCAACUAAAAAAAAAUUAAGUUCCUGAAGUUGCAGCAGAAGAAUAUCAGCACUAUAUAGAUCAAAGAUGUCAAUGAAUUGGGCCCUGUAUUGGGGCAUAAUGUGGGUGCUUUCAGGCUCCACGGACAGCGCUUCGAAGCGCUUCUUUACAGACUUCUUGCAGGAUUUGCCCACGCCAGGCACCGGCGGACCCACCUUUGACCCCAGCGCGAUCAGCAAUAUCACAGGACUCGUGGGCAAGACCGUUAAGAUGACCUGCCGUGUCAAGAACUUGGGCAAUCGAACGGUCUCCUGGGUGCGACAUCGGGACAUCCAUCUGCUGACUGUCGGCCGCUAUACGUACACGUCGGAUCAGCGUUUCGAGGCCCAGCACUCGCCGCACGCCGAGGACUGGUCCCUGCGUAUACGCUAUGCCCAGCGCAAGGACUCGGGCAUCUACGAGUGCCAGAUCUCGACAACGCCACCCAUCGGACAUGCUGUCUAUCUGAAUAUUGUGGAACCCAUCACCGAGGUCAUUGGUGGCCCCGACCUGCACAUCAACAAAGGAUCCACCAUCAAUUUAACCUGCAUUGUGAAAUUUGCACCGGAACCGCCGCCAACCGUCUCCUGGUCGCACAAUCGCGAGAAUGAUCCUAGAUACAAUAAGGUCAUAAAUUUCGAUUCACCUCGCGGCGGCAUAUCAUUAGUCACCGAGAAAGGUGUACUGACCACCAGCCGUCUCCUCGUCCAGAAGGCCAUACAGGAGGACGAGGGCCUCUACACAUGCGCCCCCUCGAAUGCCAAUCCCACAUCGGUCCGCGUCCAUAUCGUUGAUGGCGAACAUCCGGCGGCCAUGCAUCAUGGAAACUCGGCGCCACUUCAGCCACCGGCUUUGAUCUCGAUGUUGAUGCUUGUCUGCAGCACUCUGAUUCUGCUGCACGCCUCUGCCUGCUGCAGCCCAACCCUACCCAAGAUGAGGACACAACAACAACAACAACAACAACAACAACGAGGAGGAGGCAACGGCAAUGGACAGCUGAAGGACAUCAAGGGCGGCGAGCGGCUGGAGAGGAAUUCGCUGGUGCCUGGGACAUGACUAGCCGGCCCCCGCGUAACCGGAGCCGGAGCCGGAAAUGCCAUCGAAAUGCCAACUGGAAUGAAAUACUAAAUAUUCCAUAGAGCGAGCUGCAGAAAGACAGAGAGAGAGAGGGAGAGUGAGUGAGUGAGUGAGGCGCGGGGGUAAGGGGCAGCUGCUCUCUGGUUUUCCGUUCCAGUUCCAGGAUCCUUCCAGCCACCGCCUUGGUUCUGCGUUCUCCAAAUCGUUUCGUUUCUCCUUUUUGCCCCGCUCCAUUUUUCGCUCUAUGAGUGGAAUGCAGAGGGGGAGGGGCAUGCGUGAGUACAUCCUUUUUAUCACUAAAUUAAGUAGUCGUUAGAUAAGGUCCUUUGCGAAAUAACUGGAGCUGGAACGAAAAGGAAAAACAAAAAGCAAAACCCAAAAAAGAAAAAACAAAAAAAAAAGUGCAGAACGAACAAACGAACGAUUUUCUUCAUGCAACAUGUUCUUGCAACAAAACCAUUAAAUUCACAAGAAAUACAAAAAUAUAAGCCCAUUGUAAAUAAGGCAUCGGAUGAGAGAUUGCCAGCAGAUCAACAAGAAACACACACAAAAAGAUACAGUUACAGAUACAGAUACAAGUGGGAAUACAGAUAUUGCAUUGCGUAAUGGAUUCAGAUUCCCCCUGUUUUGAGAUGGAUCCAUUCCAUUUUAUAAGCUAUAGGUGUCUAAAGAUAAAUACAUACUCGUAAAUAUUACAUACAUAUAUAUAUGCGCGCAGAAACAGAUACAGAUACAGAUACAUAUAGAUGAAGGAUCCCUCAAAAUUUGAGGCGGACAGAGUGUUUUUUUUUAGGCUUAAGUUCAAGACUAUAGUAAAAUCUAAGUAAAGAUAAAGAUUCAGAGAAAAGGAGGGGCAGGAGGAGCAAAAGACGUAGCAGAAUAUACAGAAUGAUGGGUAAAGGAUACAGGAGGAUUAUCUAGUAACGUAAGCGAAAACAAAAAACCACAAAGAAAAUCUUAGUAUAAUUGUAUUUUUUUUUUUUCGUGUCGCAUCAGAUCUGAUCAGUAUAAUAAUCCGUAUCUCUCUCUCUCUCUCUCUAUAGAAAUUGUUGUUGUAUGUGUGAGAAAAGAUAGAAAAGAUACAUAAAGAGAAAAGCCACAGAUAAAGAAACAAAUACAUAACUAUCCGAUUAAAAAAGCAUAUUGCUAUUGAAACUAUCUCCCUCUCUCCGUCUCUCUCUAUAGCUAUCUCUAUCUCUCUCUCUCUCUCUCUCUCUCUCGAUAUAUACUUCUCUCUCCUUCACACACAGACAGCACACAUAGAUACAUAGAUACUCUAUCUCUAAGCCAAGCUAAAAGAAGAAGAUUAAGUUUAGAAAAGGAAGGAAAGAAAGAAAGAAAGAAUCCGCGAUCCCACCCCACACAAAAGAAGACAGGGUCUAACCCUCCAUUCCCCUCUUGGUUCCCCUCCCCCCCUAAGAUAAAAGAAACCCCCCCAUUGCCCACGUCUUUCCAGCCCUAGCCCCAGCCCCUUUCUGUGAACCCAUUUCUCAUGCUCU